GAAGAAAAAACGGGGAUUAAUCGAAAGGGGCAGUUGUAGGUGGUCGUCAAGCUUUCUUCGAAACAAAGAUUAACAAAAAACAACACACAAAAACCACGAUAUCAUCCUUAGAAUUUUCUUUCCAUUUCGAUUCUCUGUUCUGCAGAUCCAAACGUCACUCUCUUCUUCUCCGAAUCCAAUACCCAAAAUCUGUUCCUGCGAACGUCAGUUUCGGAUUUCCAUUCAUCAUCUCACUCAAUUCCCCCAACUUCCCUUUCAUUUUCCCCUUUCACAUUUGAAUUUUGACUUCACUCUCUUCUCUGCUGCUUCCGAUUCCUCAGUUCUUGUAUUCUUCAAAUCCUCGUGAAAUUUUCCAAGUUUGAACUUCAUUUUGGCGCCAUAGAAUCGUCUCGGUUUGUUUCCGAUAAUCCUUGCGGCUAGGGUUUUGCUGGCUUCAAAACCCUUAAUUUUCUGAACUCUACUCGAAAUAGUUUUCGUUUGAUGCGAUGCAAUGUCGUAGGGGUUUCGUUUCCAUUUCUGCUUCUACUAAUGGGCGCCCGAACUAGCAACCGUAAGCGCGAUGACGAAUAUUCGAGCAUCAAACGUUCGUAUUCAUCUUUGAAAUCACCGGAUUUUCACGUGUCGAAGAAGCUUAAAUUUUCUACUAUGUCUUCGGAUCGGCCUGUUGUUUCGUCCAACUCGACAGUGGCUAGGCUUUCUCGGUAUCCUGAAGAAACUCCGCAACUGCGUCGAGAAGUUCAUGGCCCUUGCAGAGGCCUUAAAUUUGGGCUCACUAGGAGCUUCUUUAGGUUUUGGGAAUCGAAAAACAGCGAGCCGUCGGAACAGGACGAUGUAGGGAAUAUUUUGUCGUACAAUUACCAGAUUGCGAAGCGUAAUGCAAUUGGUGCAUUGCGAUCGUUUCCGAAGGAUGCCUUUGAAUUGGAUUCAGACACGCAAACUGAAAGAGACGCUUCUGGAGAUUCGAAGGACGAUGAGGAAGUUGAGGUAAUAGAGGAUGUUACAGUACAGGAAUUGGUAGCGAAGAAGAUGGAAGCUCAUCAGCCAUCGUCGUCUUCCGUGGUUAUAGAUCUGGCGGAUGAAGGUUCGAAGGUUGAAGAAAACGCUGAGAAAAUGCUUGGUGAUUUGUCUCUAGACCGAGAAAUUUCCAGUGUAUCUGCUUACAAAAAGUUGCUCCAAGGUGUGGAAAAGCGGACAUCUAGAUUGAAAACCUUGGAUUUCGAAAUCGAGUUGAACGAGAAGCGUCGAUCAAUUCUUCAAUCUCAAACUCCAAAGAAGAUGCCUGAGAUUCAACAGGAACUUUUUGUUCCUCUUACUCAGGACGAGGAGGCCAAGGUUGAAGCUGCACUGUCUGCUAACCGGAGUAAGGUUCUGGUGACUCAUGAGAAUUCAAAUAUUGAGAUUACUGCGCAAGCUCUGCAUUGUCUGAGACCAGGUGCCUGGUUAAACGAUGAGGUGAUUAAUUUGUAUCUUGAGUUGCUGAAAGAAAGGGAAAGAAGGGAGCCAGAGAAAUAUUUGAACUGUCAUUUCUUCAAUACAUUCUUCUAUAAAAAGUUGAUAAAUGGAAGAGAUGGGUAUGAUUACAAAUCUGUUAGAAGAUGGACGAGCCAAAGGAAGUUGAGAUAUGAACUCAAUGAUUGUGACAAAAUAUUUGUGCCCAUCCACAGAGAAAUACAUUGGUGUUUAGCCGUAAUCAACAAGAAAGAGAAGAAGUUUCAGUAUCUUGAUUCUGUCAAGGGAAUGGAUUCUCGUGUUUUGAAAACAUUGGCGAGAUAUUUUGUAGAUGAGGUGAAGGACAAAAGUGGAAAAGAUAUUGAUGUAAGUUCUUGGGGACAAGAAUUUGUCAAAGACCUUCCUGAGCAAUUCAAUGGGUUUGUGUAUGAUUGUGGCAUGUUUAUGAUAAAGUAUACUGAUUUUUAUAGCAGAGGUUUGGAUCUGUGUUUCAAGCAGGAACACAUGCCUUAUUUCCGAAGUAGAACAGCCAAGGAAAUUUUGAAUUUGAGAGCCAACUGAUGCAUCAUUCAUAAAAGUGUCCGAGUAGCCUGCUCAACCUUCCUUCCUUCCCCAUAAUAAUAUAAUUGCUUGAAAAUGUCUUUGUUUGGUAAGUCGAGAAAAGCCAUAAUAUUUUAAAUGCUUCAGUGAUUGAUAUGCUUGUAAUUGUAAGAUUAGAGAGUCGCCUUAGACGGCCAAGGGUAGCAGCCCUUUUUGAGUUUUAAUAAGAAAUAUUCCUAUUGUGUUUGAAAA